UUCAGCACUAAGUUUGGCGGACAGCACCUCUCUCUCUCUCUCUCUUUUUCUCUCCGCACUGGACAACUUUUAAAACCCUUUCCUUUCAGCUCCUCCGCUUUUCUAACCACCAAAACAAAAUAUGGAUCACACUUUCUCCGAGGAUACCUCAGUUUACGAGAACUUCACAGACGACUGGACAUCAGAUUGGGACGAAACGGUGCAUUUCAUCAUUCGAUGCGUUAUCCCGUCGGUCUACAUACUUAUCAUAACGGUGGGUUUACUGGGCAACAUUACUCUUGUGAAAAUAUUCAUCACUACCAGCGCGAUGCGAAGUGUGCCAAACAUUUUCAUCUCCAGCCUGGCCGUGGGAGAUCUUUUGCUUCUGGUCACUUGUGUGCCCGUGGACGCGUUCAGGUAUUUCUAUGAGGAGUGGAUUUUUGGAACGGUGGCUUGUAAGAUGAUCCCCGUGAUCCAGCUCACUUCGGUCGGAGUCUCCGUGUUUACUCUCACGGCACUGAGCGCGGACAGACACAAAGCUAUUGUGAAUCCCAUGGACAUCCAGACCUCCAGCGCAGUGUUCUGGACCUGCUUGAAGGCCAUCACUAUAUGGGUUGUCUCAGUGCUGCUGGCUAUCCCUGAGGCGGUCUUCUCGCAGGUGGUUCAUAUGUCGGACAAGAACAUGACAUUCACUGCUUGUGUGCCGUAUCCACUCUCCAACGAGAUGCAUCCCAAGAUUCAUUCUAUUAUGAUAUUCCUUGUCUACUUCCUCAUCCCUCUGAGUAUUAUCUCUGUUUACUACUACCACAUUGCGAAGACGCUUAUCAAGAGUGCUCACGAUAUGCCGGGUGAGAUUAGUGAGCACUCCAAAAGACAGACGGAAACGAGGAAGCGUCUAGCCAAGAUCGUUCUGGUGUUCGUGGGCCUCUUCGCGCUGUGCUGGUUCCCCAACCACGUUCUCUACAUGUACCGUUCGUUCAACUAUCGGCAGAUCGACUCUUCCCUGUCGCACCUCAUCAUCACGCUUGUGGCGCGCGUGUUGACUUUCUCCAGCUCCUGCGUGAACCCGUUCGCCCUGUACCUGCUGAGCGAGAGCUUCCGAAGGCACUUCAACAACCAGCUGCUGUGCAGACAGCGCAAAUACCAAGAGCGCAACACCAGCUACCUCCAGAGCACCUCUGCUAUCCGCAUGACCUCCAUCAGGAAGAGCACACCUGCCGUCGCCAACGGACAUGGCCAAAACACAGGAGUCUGCAUUUAGCGUCUGUUCGAACAAAACUUGAGCAUAAGGGUUGCCGCUGACUCACAUUUAGCGUUUGGUGACCCAGCUGGGUAAACGGACGGGUAUCGAAGCAGAGGAAUUACUGUUGUAAAUAUUGCAUGCAUGUUUUUUUUUCCAACAGUUGCAGCGUCGCUUGAGCCCAAGAAUGAAAUUCGCUUUAUUUUUGAAACGAUAUCGUUAUUGCAAACAGAAAUGGAUAUCUCGCUGAUAAAGACUAAUUCCAUUUCUCCUCAACCAAAACGCAAUUUCUGCCUGUAUGAAAUAUCAGAUCUGUACAAAAGAUUUCCAUUAUUGUAUAAUGGCAGGUCUGCUUUUUAGCUUAAUCUUGUUUCAUUUAUCAUCCAAUCAAAUGAUGAAAAUUCAACUUAAAUCAACAGAAAGUGCACUUAAUACAGUAAAUGAAUGUUUGGGAAAGCAGUUUUGAUUUCACCGGGAUGACAAGCUUAUUAUAGAGAUGCCACUGAAAUCAUUUACGUUGCUUUCUAUUUUUCAGACAGUGACAAUAUAUUCAAUUUAAGAGCAACGGGAGACAUGGCACUUCCUGGUGAAUGUUAAUGCCUGCGAUGAUAGAUCAGACAGGUCGCACACUCAAGGGUAAACUGUGGUGAUUAGAUUAAUAUAUGCAUAAACAGAUUAGGAUUCAACAUGAAUUUAAAUUUCUCAGACACGUUCCCCCUUACCUUCCGAUAUAUGAGUCAUAGGAAUGCCAAGAUCAUUGUGGCAGACUAAUAUUAAUAACAAAUGCUGUGUUUUAUUCUUAGAUUCACCAGCAAAUAUUAUCAUAUUAAUCACUGCAUUGCAGUGCCUCUUCUUUUUGGAGUGCCUGGUGUCUAUAUCUAAUGACGUGGAAUAAUCAUUCGGUCGCGAGGGGAAAAUAUUACCUAUAAAUGUAUCGACUGUCAAUGCUGGACUGAAACAGGCAGUGCACCUUUGAUCCACGUUUUGAGCUUUUCUUCAGGUUCCUGAACCUGUAAAAAAACUAAAAUCAGACCUUGACAUGACAUGAUUUCGUGACUUUUUUUGUUAAUGAGUUCGAAAAUGAGUUGAUCCAGUAGUACUUGAGGUAUUAUUUUUGAAAAUGUACAUUUUAAAACGUAACAAUUAGACUUUUUCUCAACAAACACACAUUUUCAUUUAGACUUUCAAGCACAUUUACAAGUCAAAGCACAUUUGAAUGAAUUUUAAUUAACUUUUCGUCAAAACAAUGAAAUCCAUUUUAAUGCAAAAUGUAAUUAGGGAUAACUAAUUACAAUAAUUUGUCCUUGUAAAGACACAUCUCGUGUUCCCACAACACAGAAUCUCUGAUCUAAAGCAAUGUGUUUUAAUUAUAUUGAAAAUUAAAAUGACUUAAUUGACUCUUGACUUUUGUCAAAUUAAAUCAGCUGACUGUAUCAAUAAUUUCAAGUGAUAUAUUUCAGAAAAAAAAAGUUUGAGCAUCUCUAGUUACUCUAAUGAGAAAUCGCCAUUGUCCAUUUAAAAGGAAAAAAACUUUUACUUUACAAAAAACUUUACAAACCUGAAUACAAAUGUGAAACUUGGAUAUUUUGACUUGUUUCUGCAAUAUAUAACAGCAUGCCCAAUAUUCCCAAUAUUUUCUUUCUAUGCUCUGCAUAGUAUAAUUAUGAGAUAUAACAGCACAGAACACAAUAGCUUUAGAAUCAUGAAGUGAAGUGAAAAAGCACAUCAAACGUGCCUCCUCAAGAAUUGAUCUUAACUGUUCCACGGAGGCAGGAUAUAAAUGUAAUUUGGAAUGAUUGAUUAAACAGGCACACAUCUACUUUAUUGGGAUUUCACUCUGAGAGUAAAUUAAACAUAUAGAUUAGACUCUUACACUGAAUCAAGAAAGGUACAACCAAACUGGUUAAUUAUAUUCUUAAGAACACAUGCAAAAAAAAAAAAAAACAGUAAAGGAUGAUGCAAAUCAUAAAACAAGCAUUUCUGCAAGUAUUUCCUAUAUUGGUAUAGGUGAUAUAAAUUAACUGACCUGCUUACAGUGAUCAUUAUCGGUUUGAAAUUCAAUUUAAGCUGCAUUUGCAGUAAUUUGGCUGUAAAUUUUAAUGUAGCAUCAACUCAUAACAGCAGAUAUUGUAAUAUCUGCUAUUGUAACACAUUAUUAUGUAUGACUAUGAAACAACAUGAUGCCGCAGGGCCUCCUUUGCUCUUAAAUUGAAACAUUAGUCAUUAGAAAACAUUAGUGUUUCAUAUGGGUAUAGAACAAUACACAGAUAAGUAUAACUGAUUAGACAUCCGUGUAUGCAAUAUUGACAGUUCAGUCAUGCAUGUUGAUCAUAACAAGAUCAUGGAAUAAUAAUCAAGGUCUUUCAAUUAAAAACAUCAACAAAACUUGAUUCAAUCAAGCUUGGAUACAACUGUUUCGAUUACACUCUAUUUAUUUCAGAAAUUUACCUUUGAUAAAACGGUUCUGUUUUGAUAUGAGAGUAUAUAUUUUAAUCAGGAAUAUCCACCUCCUGCAUAUGAUAAAAUGUCAGUUAUGCUUACAAUGUGCACGUUUCCGAUCUAUUUCGUUUCCAUAACUGAAUAAAGAAUAAAAAAUACAACAUUUUGCAAAUAUGUUCACACGGGACCAUACUUGAAUGGAUAAAUAUGAAUGAAUACACCAUGUAAUGGUUUUAUGUAUUGAAAUAUUACUAGCUGGGUUUAAGUCAAUUAUGCGUUAAUUGCAAAGAUGUAUUUUAAGAUGUAUCUUUCUUGAAAUCAUUGUGAGUUUUUUUUUUUUUAUUGUAUUAUUUGUGGUUCAUAAAUUGUUCAAUAAUGUCAAUCAAGAUGUAUUUACAAUGCUAAGUUAAUGGAACAACAAAUAAACAGA